ACACCAUAAAUGAUUCUUGUCUGAAACCAGAGAUUUAUUCCAAAGAGCGUAAGAAAACAAAACAUCAUAUUCAGCAAAUCCUAUUAAUUUCACAGUCAAUCAUCAAUUCUCUUCUCAAUCAAUCCACAAUUAACAGUUGCUGGGGUGUUGACUGUUCGAGUAAGAGAGAGAAAGAGAAAACAUGGAUGUCGUGCAGAUGUUACAGAGGCAAUUCAUCGACUACAUGAACUCUUUGUACAGUGAGUAUUAUUUGGAUGAUCAGUUCAACCAAUUGCAGAAAUUAGCGGAUGAGAGUAGCCCAGAUUUUGUUAUUGAAGUUGUAACCCUUUUCUUUCAAGAUUCUGAAAAGCUCCUUGAAAAUCUGAGCAAAGCUCUUGAGCAACCAGUUGUGGAUUUCAAUCAAGUGGCAAAUCAUGCUCAUCAGUUUAAGGGGAGUAGUUCUAGCAUCGGUGCACAUAGGGUCAAAAACCAAUGCGUUAAGUUCCGAGCUUAUUGCGAGGAGAAAAAUCGUGAAGGGUGUCUCGCUUGUCUACAAGAGCUUCAACAAGAAUAUAUUGUUUUGAAAAAGAAAUUCGAAAUUCUCUUCCAGCUGGAGCAAGACAUUGUGCAAAAAGGCGGGAUAGUUCCAACCAAGGAUUAACAAGUAUUGGAAACCUUGUGUUUUUUCUAGCAAAAUCAAACGAAGAGAAAGUUAGUAGAUCGCGCUGGAUGUGUAGAUCCUUUUGCAGGUCUCCGUAAACUUUGUGUUCGAGAAUUGAACCACUGUGAAUAACCAUGCCUAAAUCUGAAACUUUAGAUAUUGUUUUCUUGUGAGAUAUGUUUCAGGCCUCUUAUCCUGUUUAACCAAAUUGUGUGACAAAUUAUUGCAUGACAUUCUUGAUGCAUUGUAGUUGUGUACUGAGUACUUGUGUUUAGUGUUCAUGCUUCUUUCUUUGUAGUUGACUUGAAGGCUACUUAAUACUUGCGAUUUUAUCUGA